UGUCCGUCAGCGUGUGGAGCUGCUCCAGAGUCUGACUCGCCUGGGUGGGACCUCGGCGCUGUGAUCUCACGCCGCUUCUUCCCUGUCUGAGGAGAAAGUCACGGAGUCAGGAGUCAGAGUUUUCGCUCCACUUGUGUUUCUUGGAAGCGUGACCUCCCACAGAUGGCUCACAACAUGUUUCAUGAAAGUGGACAAGACGGCCGUUCAGUUCUUGGAAUGUUGUCAGUCCAAGUGGAGCGGGACCCUAAAACAGGUGCCACAGUGGUCAGGUCAGUGGCCCCCGUCUCCUCGCCUGCCCAAGCUACGACCACAGCGACCACCAUCUUCGACGACGGCAGGAAAAGCAUCCACGCGGUCGGAGGGUCGGGAGACCAGCCGUCCACUGAGGAGCUGGGGCAGAUCCUCAGCGUCAUCGACGGGGUGGGCAUGAAGGUUCUGCUGGACGAGGUCACGGUCACCCCCACACAGACGCAGGAUGACGGGGCUAGCGUGAAACGGGUUCCGCCAGUCGAGGUCAAGACUGUAUCUGCUCAUGCUGAGCAAGGACCUGCUGAGGACCAGGACUGGAAUCCAAGCCCAAAGGUGGGGAACGGGAACAUGAUGGUGGUGCAUGACAUGGAAGGGAAGGAGGUCAACAUCGCAGAGCAGGACAUGGAGGACGGACCCGUGACGCUUCUGUUCCUGGGAUACGAUGACAGCACCACCAACCAGGAUGACGGGCAGGAGGGCUACGGAGGAAUGCUGACGGUGGAGCGUGUCAUCAUCACUGAGGAUGGCGAGGUCAUCGCACCAGAGGAGACACAGGAGCAGGAUGAGACCAGACAGGCUGUUCCCCAGGAGCCAUCGAACCCGCAGCAAGACACAGAACUGAAGGACUCGCCGAAAGUCUCCGCAGCAGACGACGACAAGGCGCUUUCCAAACGCAAGAAGUGCCAGUGUUGUUCUGUCAUGUAA